CGGAAAAGUUACGUCAUCUGGCACGAAGCUCGCGCACUAGAAUCGAUGACGGUAUCGCACGGCGAGUCAGUUGCCAACAAAUAUGGCGCUUGUCAAAUAACAACGCUUCACGCUGAUGUGUAACGUUUAAUAGUAUUUAGUGCAUCGCGCUGUUAUUUAACGCGCAUCAUUAUUAUUCCGCGCGUCGGCGAACUCUUUUUUACGGUUUUGUAUGAGUGUUCGAGGUUAAGGCGAAAUUUUCCCCCAGGAAAUCCCUUCGGAAAUCGUCAUUUCUACGUGCAACUAGUGUGUGCAGUGUGCAUCGGCGACAGUUCUUCCGCGAAUAGAAGACAGUUUCGAAAAUGCCUACACAAACGACAGAAAGCGAUGAUAUUCGAGUGAAAAUUAUAUAUAAUGGAGAAAUGCAAAUCACCUAUAUCAGUCUGGGAUUUCCGUGGACACAUUGCGUGAAGAAAUGCGGACAAUAUGCCGUUUUUGGCACGGAGCAAUUCACGAUGAAAUGGGUGGAUGACGAGGGCGAUCCAUGUAGGAUUGCUUCUCAACAGGAGUUGGAUGAAGCUCUAAGACUGUACGAACUCGAGAAGGACACGGAAAUAACGAUACACGUUUUUCCAAACGUGCCACCUGCUCCUGGAAUGCCAUGUCAGGGAGAAGACAGAAGCAUCUACAGACGUGGCGCUCGUAGGUGGAGGAAGCUGUAUCGGGUGAAUGGCCAUAUUUUUCAGGCGAAACGAUUUAAUCGGAGGGCGUUUUGCGCGUAUUGCCAAGAUCGAAUCUGGGGCCUUGGGCGACAGGGAUUCAAGUGCAUUCAAUGCAAACUGCUCGUGCACAAGAAGUGCCACAAAGUGGUGCGCAAGCCGUGCCUGAGUCAGCAGCAGCAGCAACUGCAAAGCGCGGAGUCGCAAACGAUCGACAGGAAUGGCGAUCAACAGCUUGAUCCGUAUCCGUGCGAUCCGGCGUCUCAUCUCGAGGAUGAGAUCUCGGAAUCGCCAAUCAUCGAGGAGCAUUCGCGCGAUCAAAUCGGAAGUGAGGAAGGGGAAGAAUUGCCGUUGGACACAUUAAACGAGGGCGAUACUUCGAAUGAUAUGCAACGGCAGUAUUCGUUGAACGACUUCGAGUUGAUCAGAGUGAUUGGUCGUGGUUCCUACGCCAAGGUCUUGAUGGUGGAGUUGAAACGUACCAAGAGGAUCUACGCCAUGAAGGUUAUUAAGAAGUCCCUGGUGACGGAUGAUGAGGAUAUCGAUUGGGUGCAAACGGAAAAGCACGUCUUCGAGACAGCCUCGAAUCAUCCCUUCUUGGUGGGCCUGCAUUCUUGCUUCCAAACGCCUUCGCGCCUCUUCUUCGUCAUCGAGUUUGUGCGCGGUGGCGACCUCAUGUUUCACAUGCAGAGGCAGCGUCGUCUUCCUGAGGACCACGCGCGAUUUUACGUAGCUGAAAUCAGUUUGGCGUUAAACUUUUUACAUGAAAAGGGAAUUAUAUACAGGGAUUUGAAACUGGAUAAUGUUUUGCUCGAUCACGAAGGACACGUUAAGCUUACGGAUUAUGGAAUGUGCAAGGAAGGUAUCCGGGAGGGUGAUAAUACUGGCACUUUCUGCGGCACUCCCAAUUAUAUCGCUCCUGAAAUUCUCCGUGGCGAGGAAUAUAGCUUCUCGGUGGAUUGGUGGGCAUUAGGAGUUCUUCUUUACGAGAUGCUGGCGGGUCGCAGUCCCUUCGACCUUACCGGUGCGGCCGAGGAGCCGGACAAGAACACUGAAGAUUUUUUAUUUCAAGUCAUUCUGGAGAAGACUAUACGUAUACCGCGAUCGUUGUCCGUUAAGGCGGCGUCCGUACUCAGAGGAUUCCUUUGCAAGGAUCCCGCAGAGAGGCUGGGCUGUGGAAAAAGACCCUCCGGUUUUCUCGACAUCGUCGCCCAUCCUUUCUUCAAAGCGAUCGAUUGGGAAAUGUUGGAACAAAAACAAGUUACACCACCUUACAAACCACGCUUGGAUUCCGAUCGUGAUUUAGCAAACUUUCCGCCCGAAUUUACGGACGAAGAAGUCCGUUUGACUCCAGAUGAUCCGAAGCUAAUUGAGAAGAUCGAUCAGAGCGAAUUCGAUGGUUUCGAGUAUGUGAAUCCUCUACUAAUGUCAUUGGAGGACUGCGUGUGACAAGAGCCGCUUUACAUUGUGCAUCACAAUCAAGACUUUUUGCAGCAACAGCAGCAGCAGCAACAGCAACAGCAGUAUCAAUUGCAGCAAUGCUA